AGAAGAGAGCUAGUUCAAGACGAGCGUUUAUGGUUAAAACAUAUAUAAUUUAAAAGGUUUUUUUAGAAAAUGACCGAUCUUUUGAUAAAAGAUAAGACCCUUGUUCCUCGUCUGGGAUCAUGUAGAGCUCUUUGAAGCUGCAGUGAAACUGUAAUUUUGACCUUCAACCGUUUGGAGGCGUUUGGAGGCCAUUGAAGUCCACUAUAAGGAGAAAAAUUCUGGAAUGUUUUCAUCAAAAACCUUAAUGUCUUUUCGACUGAAGAAAGAAAGACAUAAACAUAUUGGAUGACAGGGGGGGCCUGUGGUGUACCUCUCUUACUCAGAAGGACACACUUCAAAGGGCAUUCACUAUGCCUCAAACUACUGAAGUGGUGUGAAAGGCUAACUGCUCUGGGACAUCUGUACUUUCACACCAUUGAACAGAUUCAGAACCGUCUGUGUAUCAUUCAUUCACGAUGGAUGACUUUGAAUACAGCGUGCACAUCUCGGACCAAGAUUGGGACUGUUUUUUUCAGGAGUGCGAGGACUGUGACCUGCUCUCUCCAGUGCUUGCCAGCCGAGAGGACUCUGGUAUGAGUGACAUUGAUGAGAUGGGCUGCCACUUUCUAGACAGGACCCUGGCUGUGGACACAGCAUCCACAGAGCCUGAUCCAGACCUUCAGAUUGAUGGCCCGCCAGACUGUGAGGGAUCACCUGUGUAUAAUUACCUCAGCAAGUACGGAAUACGUAGUCCAGAGCAGGUUCUCUCUGGCAGUGAGGAAGACUUGCACCUUCAGACUGUCAAUCUGUUCUUUGAGCAGUUAAAAAGUGUCACAGAAAACGAACAGCAAUUGGAACAAAGCCACGUUUUCAAUUGGGGAAGUGAGGAGACAGGCCAUCUGGAGGGUUUGAUUGAUAAGCAGGAUAUUCUGUCUGUAGAUACUGGUCCAUCUGGCAGAAAUGAGGCCAGUCUUAUAGGUAAAAUUGCUAAGCAGGGUGUGGUUAAUACCUGGGGUGAUAUAGCCUCAGAAAAAGCUAGAAAGCCUGAAUCCGCUAAUGCACAAGAAGAUGCAUCAAAGUCUAACACUGAGCUACUUAUUGGAGGGAAGGCAUUGUCAACUCCCCUAAUUACAGUAAGAAUGAAAGAUAAGCACCAGGGAAGAUGUGGUGAUAUCAGCAAAGACUUGAAACCUGAAACAAAGCCACCUGACAAAGAGAAAAUGGUAACGGUUAAUAGGAAAGAUAUGGCAGACCCAAUUCCAGCAAGACAAAAUAUUGCUCAACUGGAUACCAGAAACAGUUUUGACUCAAAAGAUUCUGCAGUCAGUCAGAUCCCAGUGUCACCUUCCAAUCUCAGGAGAAAGAGGAGGAAAAAGAAGAGAAUUGGUAUCGAACCAGUAGAACCAGGAUGUGAGGCUCAGAUCCACAUCCAUCAAAGUGAAUCAGAGGAAGAGAGAUUCAUUCAGAGGGAAGAGAUGAAUAACCUUCCUUCAAAUGUCUGGAAGACAGAGCACAUAUCACUUCAAAGAAGUAAAACAACACAAAAUACUGAUCUUUUACAGCCUAGAAACAUGUUUGACUUUGAGGCUUCCGCUGAUUUGAAGUCUUCAAAAAGCUUGCCAGUAUCUUUUACCAGUAAUUUCGGCACCAUACCUUUAAAGCCUGAAGCUGUACACACAAGCUUUAAUACUAUGUCCAAAAGCAUGCAUGACAUGUCUCUUGUAAACAAAGGACAAUUGAAAACAGAGAUUCCCCCAUUACCCAGGAUAGAUAAAGUUCUGAAUUUACAAGAAAGUGGAUUAAAUAUGGUUAAAUUUGAUCCUGCUUUACACUUAGAGACUUGGACCGGUAUUAGAGAGACCUUAUCAGCACCUCUAAAUGAUAAUUCUGAUGCAGGAUAUCAGAGGAAAUCCUUAUUAUCUCCUAACAUUUCCAUUGCUGCUGAUUCAACAGAACCUCCUUCCUCCAUAGUCUCUUUUAAAUUGACUAAAGACAAAGAUAUAUCCUGUUUAGGAAAUGAGACUGACUGUUCAGUAUUUAAAAAUGAACAAACCAUGACAAGCAAAAGGAAUUUCGUAGAAAUUUCAGACUCCAAAGAAAGCAGCUUGUCUUUAACUGAGAAAAUGGAUGGAGUAGAAACUUGCUUGGAUGGUCCAGAAACAUUUACUUGUUCACAGGAUGCCCCUCAAAAACAAAAAUUAUGUAUUCAAAUGAACAUUUCAGAAUAUCAAAGCAAUUCGACCCCUCAAAUCAUUGAAAUAAACAUGAAUAUACCUAUAAACGAGACAGAUGCAAAGACGGAGAGACCUAUGUCUGAUAAUAUUUAUCAUAGAACAGAUGAAAGUCAUAUCCAAAGCAGAAAUGAGACUAGUGAAGCAUUAAUUGUGAAUGCCUCACCCAUAAAGCCAGGGAAUUCAUAUGAAUCAGACGAUAAGAGAGACAUCAGUGCUAAUGAGGUUGCUGUUUCAGCCAGUGGUGAACAACUAUUUUGUGGCAAGUCCACCAGAUCUAGUGAACACAUAAGUGGUCCUACACAAGAUGUUUCAGAGUUGCCUCAUAAUACACUUGCUGAAAUGAAGUACACUUCCUCAGCUGAGUCGAAAAGUGGAGCCAAAGAUCUGGAGAGUGUUUCUCUUGAUGCUGCAGAUCAUCUUCCAUGCCCUGUGUAUGCCAUCUCAUCCUUCUGGAAUGAAAUGGAGAAGCUAACCAUCAAUGACAUAUUGCGUAUACGGCAAAUUGGUAACACCCAGCAAACCAGCGUUUUGACCCAGCUGGAGGAUGGUAGCAUUGCGGACACUACAGAUGCUGGAGACUCUGGUUACUUUACACAACCUGACGACUCCAAGCCGGACCGCUUAAGUGGAGAUAUGUCUUACAUAUCUGAUCUGGACGAAGACCUUGCACAGCUUCAAACCCCAUUUUCUUCAAAGCAAGAGGACGAGUCGUGUGAGAUCCCUAGCUCUUGUGGUGUGAUGUGGGAGAAUGAUUCAGAUCCAGUAGUUGCGGGUGACGAAAUGGUGAUCAUAAGUUCGGAAACCACUCUUCCUGAACAUCUCUACACGGCUAAUGCUCAACAGUGUUUCAGAAGAAUGUGUAAGAACAUUAGUGUGCAGAACCUGCAAGCUCUAGAUGCUCAACCAAUCAGGAAAAUACUCAGAAAUGCCUCUAUGCAUUCAAUCUAUUCAGAGGUAGAUGAUUUCAUAGAUCCUUUUUACCAUGUGAACACUUCAGGCUCAAAGAGCUUGUCUGAUGAUGAAGAGGAAGUAGAAACCAGUGGCAUCACGUUUUCUGAAAUAAUCCAGUAUCUCUUCGGUGAGGAUGAACCUGAGCAUUGUGCGUCUCGUGCAGACAACAUAGCUGCUUUGCACCUUGAUGGAACAGGCACUUCUCUGCCUGAGAUGUAUGACCAUUUCUUCUCAGAGUUUGAUGCUGGAAGCUUUGUUUAUCCAAUUGUGGAAGAGUCAAGUGGAGAUAAAAUAGUUCCCAUUUUCUCCUGCUCCCGCACAGCUAACAGAAACCUUCAGUUCCCAGAGGCAUAUGACUAUUUCUUCCCAGAUUCCCCUGACGAAGAUGAGGAGAACGAGAACACGGUUAUCAAGGUAGUGACACGGUAUGACCAUAAGUCUCCCAACCAUGAUCCUGUUGACAUGUAUGAGCACUUCUUUUCUGAAGAUCAGAGUGACUUCCUCUGGACGAACCCUCUUUCACUUAGAAGAGUUCGGCGCACAGGUUUUACCAUCCCUGAAGAGAAUACAUGUUCUGGGGAACUCGUCCCUGUAAAAACAUUUCCCAAAGGAAUCAUUCAGCCUAUUAAUGCUCUGGGCCCUAAUGGGAGCACUUUCCCAGAUUCCUUGCUCCUCAACCUGGAGAACAGCAUCUUCCAGCAACUGGCUGAGCAACAGAAGAAGUGUAUGGAGAUGCAGACAGUUGUUGCUGAUCCAAGGUUGGAUGCCCCAUUCUUGCCUCUUAAACAGGCAGACAUGUGCUUGGUGUGUAUUGCUUUUGCCUCGUGGGUGCUGAAAUCGACAGGUUCAGGAGCAGACACCUGGAAAGCUGCUCUUCUUGCGAACGUCAGUGCACUCUCGGCAAUACGAUACCUGCGCAGACACAAGAGGGAGGAGGUCUCUGGAAAAACUUCUUUGCGUCAGAUAGAGUCAGCAUAACUCCUCCAGAUCUGAUUUCAAUCACAUCACCCUUUUUCCAUGUAAUCCAAAAGGGUGAUGAUGAAUGUCAAACGUGCAUGCAGGACAUUUUCCAUCAUUCUCAGUAUAUAUUAUUAUGAUUAAUACUCUCCUGUGCCUUUAUUGCUGAUAAACUCAGUUGAUAAACUUGAUACACAAUAGAUGACUGUGACUUCAGACCAGUGACAGUAGUGUUUAUAAUAUGUAUCUUUCGUGUUUAAACAUUUCAGUAAUCUGCAUAUCCAUUAAAAAAAAAAAAAAGUAGAUUGUUAAUGAAAUGACCAAAGCCCUUUAUCAGAGAUAUCGUGGAUUCACUGUUCGCAGUGAAUGCUGUUGUGCGUUGUGAUGAGAGCAGCGGGAUGUUGAUUAAUAUUUGAUAUUGAGAUGCUUAUGGAAAUGUUAUGAUGAAGAUGGACGUGUGUCUAAGUAAGUCUACAUGUGGAGAGUUUUCAAUGGAAGAGCUAAUGUCUAUUCACAAAUAGUCAGUUUAUAUAUUGUGAUGCUACUGAGAUACUGGUAUUUUUGCUGGGCCAAAUUAUUUUGGUGUACUUAUAGACCAUAUUAACAUUAAGUCAUAUACCCAUGUGAUGAUGUCACUUCAGAUCUGAAAACAUUUUUUUUUUUUAAAUGUCACCCAUUUUAAAUGUAAUGUAGGAAAUUCGUUUUAUGUCUGUUGUAUCUAAAAUAAAUAUUAUGUUUAUUUGAAAGCAUUUAAAAAAGGUUAAAUGGUU